ACAAGGUUGGUUUGCUAACGUUGGCGUCACCGCUAAACAGUUCUUCCGUUGACCGAGGUAGAAGGAUUUGGGCUUCGGUAGUUUUUUAACCGCUAAUAGCGUCUUUCACGGACACGGUGUUGUUGUGCACCAAGUUAAUGAUUCGAGAGUGCGAAGGCAAGUGAUAGUGCAAUAGAAGGAUCAAUUAUUGUGAAAAGAUGUCAACGAAAGCUGCUAAGAAAGCUACGGCGACGUCCUCGAGUACCAGCGGGCAAUCGCCACAGUUUAGCACGUCAACGCCAAUCGGCCAGCGACCAGGAAGUCCUUUGAGUCCGACUCGUUAUUCUCGUCUCCAAGAAAAGCAAGAUUUACAGAAUCUAAAUGACCGGUUGGCAUGUUAUAUUGAUAAAGUACGACAUUUGGAAGCCGAGAAUUCCAGACUUACGCGGGAGGUACAAACGACCCAGGAGACUAUCACCCGCGAAGUAUCCAACAUAAAGUCGAUGUAUGAACAUGAAUUAUCAGAUGCAAGGAAAUUAUUGGAUGAUACUGCCAGAGAACGGGCAAAACUUGAAAUUGACACUAAACGAUUAUGGGAUAACAACGAGGAACUUAAAUCCAAAUUAGACAAAAAAUUAAUGGACUUACAAGUUGCAGAGAGAAACUUGUUGUUAUAUGAAACUCGCUACAAUGAUUUGCAAUCACAGUUUAAUCAGUCUCAAGCGGAACGUAAAAAGCUGGCUGAGAGAGAAAGAGAAUUGGAACAGGAAGUAGAAAAAUUAAAAGGAUUAUUAGAAGAUACACGUAAGCAUCUGGGAGAAGAAACCCUACAACGUAUCGUUCUUGAAAACAACAUUCAAAGUUUAAAGGAGGAUAUUAGUUUCAAAGAUCAAAUUUAUCAACAAGAAUUGACAGAAACACGAACAAAACGACAGAUUGAGAUCUCGGAAAUAGAUGGCCGUCUUGCCGAACAAUAUGAAGCUAAAUUGCAACAGUCUUUACAAGAAUUACGAGAUCAAUACGAAGCACAGAUGCGAGCAAAUAGAGAAGAAAUUGAGUUAUUGUACGAAACUAAGAUCAAAAAUUUAACAGCUCAUGCUCAACGUAACAGUGGAGCAGCUAGUUUAGCUGUUGAAGAAUUGAGGCAAACAAGAUCAAGAAUUGAUACACUCAAUCAAAAGAUCAAUGAACUCGAAGCGUCUAAUAAUGCUCUUAACGCGCGCAUCAGAGAUUUAGAGAACUUACGUGAAAAUGAAAAAACUCGUCACGCAGAAAGCUUAGCAUCUUUGGAAGCAGAAUUAGCACGUAUACGCGAUGAAAUGGCUCAACAACUACAAGAAUAUCAAGAUCUGAUGGAUAUCAAGGUAGCUCUUGAUUUGGAAAUUGCCGCGUAUCGAAAACUUUUAGAAUCUGAGGAAGCCAGAUUAAAUAUAAAUCCAGUACAAUCCAGUUCGUCAGUAUCUAGUGGUAGAACAACUCCUUCAAGACACACUCCCUUGAGAGGUGGCAAACGAAAACGCACCUUGUUAGAGGAAAGUGAAGAACGUAGUAGUACAGACUACAGUGUAACUGGAACAGCCAGAGGUGAUGUAGAAGUUACAGAAGCUGAUCCUCAAGGACGAUUUGUAAAACUUACCAAUAAGGGAAAUAAGGAAAUAGGCCUAAGUGGAUGGCAAAUUAUUCGCAAAGCCGGUUCUCUGGAAACAGUAUUUAAAUUCCACCGUACCGCAAAAAUCGAGGCAGGCGCUAGUGUUAUGGUAUGGUCAGCAGACAUUGGAGCCACGCAUGAACCACCAUCAAAUAUUGUCAUGAAAGGACAGAAAUGGUUUACAGCAGAUACUAUGACAACAACGCUUCUUAACAACGAAGGAGAAGAAAUGGCUACUUCAGAGUGCAAAAGGCAACAGUUGUCUACAUCUCUAUCUCGGCAUAGGGAAAACUUGGGUUUCCGACCUUCUGAAGAACUUCAUCAUCAACAGAGAAGAUAUCUCUACCCAUAUUAAGUGGGCGACCGAACGGUUCUGAUGGGUCGAUUUAUGGCGAUCCCCAAGGAGAGGAAUUCUGUCGCCUUAUGUGAAAAUAAAUCUACAAAGUAAUAUUAAGAAUUCUAACAGCACCUUUUAAAAAAUAUUUGAAAGAGUACAGAAAAGCACUUGAGUGUCUCGUUUAGAUAAUCAAGUCUUCAGAGUUUCAUUAACACAAAGAAUUCAAAUAAUGCCUCGAACAAUGCCUCGAAUAAUGUCUUGGAUGAUAUAUUUUGCUUAAGAAAAUAAAGAAGAAAUUAAAAACAGAAUUCACAAUAUUAUGUUAGUACUUUAUACUUACAGAGAUAUGUACACAUAUGAGAAAAUAUUCUGUAUUAUAAUGUUUAAAUCAAAUUUAACAAAGCGUUUCACGACGAUAGAAACGACUUAAUGCAUUUAUACACUUUGCACUACGUACAAAACUUAUUUGUUUAUUACGUGAGAGUUACUACUUUACUUGAAUAAGGAGCACGAACAAUCUUUUUCAGCGAGAUCGAACUACUUUUGGCGUAACAUUUGUUUCUACCUAGUCGUUUAUCGUGCCUUUUUAAAUGUAAAAAAGAAAGAGAUCCAUCUUCUUAUUAGGUAAUAGUAUUUAUUUUUAAGUACAAACUCGGAUGAAAUAGGAGCGGUGACGUCCAUACAAUAUUCAAGUACAUUCAUUUAACAGCAAAAUAUUUUCUGAUAUACUCGUACUAAUAUAUUUGAGUUUUUUUGUUAAUAUGGUAAGGAAAAGAAAGAAAGAAAGCUAUGUUUAACAGAAAUAUAUUUGCUCCGUCAUCCGGAACAUGAUUUUGUUAAUUGUAUUCGACUUUAUACCAUUUCUACCAAUAAUAAAGAUCUCUGAUUAACCAUA